AUGGCUGCUCCGGUAGCGACAAAGGAGGCUCGCCGUGGUAGACAGAAACCACUUGCACAGUACUCCGAAACGAUCUGUGGAUUGAAUGCCUCGAUCCUACCCGCCGUCGUACUGUCUACCGUCACCUUUUAUUUGUUACGGUACGUUGUGCAACCAUUGUUCGGCCCCGACGAGUAUUAUAUAGACGAAGAAUUUCAUGUGCCACAAGCACGACACUAUUGUCGAGCAGCGUUUCAUAAAUGGGAUCCAAAAAUAACUACACUACCUGGACUUUAUUUAUUGUCAAGUACUGUGUUAGUACCUUUUAUGAAGAUUUAUGACACAAUAUUGUCACUAUUUGGUGUAUUGGACCAUGAUGUCUUUCAUGGCAAUGACCCAUGUUCUUUGGUUGCGUUGAGGGCUGUAAAUGCGGUGGGAGCUCCAGCAUUCUUAUAUUAUGCAUUCUACCGUUGUCAACUACUUCUUUUUCUGAAUGAAAAUAAGAAAACAAUGAUUCCAAAAUGGUCUUGUGUGUUCUUGGCUCUGAGUGUAGCAACAUUUCCUGUUAUUUAUGCGCCAUAUUCAAUGCUUUAUUAUACAGACGCAUGGGCUACAGCGUCUGUUUUCUUAUGGUAUUCCAGUCAUUUGAGUAAUGAGACUAAUUUCUUGGUCAAAAUUAUAUUUGGCGGAUUUUCUGUCCUCUGUCGUCAAACAAACAUCGCAUGGUUAGUCUUUGCAUCCAUUAUAGAUGUGUGUCACUGCGCCGAACAAUGUUUUCCUAAAAUAAAAAAUAGUGUUUCUAUAUGUUCGUACAUCCAAGCUACAAUUAUUGAGUUCUACCAUUGCUGUUCAAUUAAAAACAAGCAUAAGUCCAAGAAGUUAAUAGAUUUUUUUCAGAAAUGUCUACGUGUUACCUUCCCAAAUGUCAUAGUUAUUUUAUCUUUUUUUUCGUUUGUGGUUUUGUUAAAUAAUGGUGAUAUAGUUGUUGGUGAUCGACGAGCACACAUUCCUCGGUUUCAUCCAAUGCAGUUAUGCUACUUUGUUGUAUUUGUAUUAGCAUUUUCAUUACCAUGGUUGUUAUCUCAGGCCUAUUUUAGUCAAACUUCUAAUUCUGUUAGCAAACAUUUCAAUUUAGCCAAAGCCUUUCAUGAAAUUCACAAUAACACAUCCAAAGUACUAGUUGUCACUCUAUUAAUUAUAAUAUCUGGGUUGGUGUAUUUUAACACUAUUGCCCAUCCGUACUUGUUGGCUGACAACAGGCAUUAUACAUUUUAUGUAUGGCGAUUAUUGUUCAGUCCUGGUAAACCAGUCUUUUUGAGAUAUUUACCAGUACCAUUGUAUGCAUGCGGUCUAUGGUUAGUAAAUAGAACAUUGAUACAAUCUUCAAUUGCUUAUAGAUUGGCAUACUGGAUAGUAACACCUCUUAUUCUUUGUGCUCAAUUCCUGUUGGAGCCUCGUUAUUUUGUUGUACCAUAUCUUAUGUAUAGACUACACAGUAAUAAACAAUUUACAAACAGUCAUACUUUUAAAGCAGCGUUCAUUGAGUUUAUAGCAUACCAGGUUUUUAAUUUUGUUAUAAUGAGGGUAUUUUUAUAUAGUCCUUUUGUUUCAUCCAUGGACAAUACGGGUCGAAUGGAUCGCUUUACUUGGUGA